UAAGACAGAGUUAUUGAAGGAGACAAGAAGAAGAAGAUCAACAAAAAUAAUUAAAAAAUAGAAAGAAAAAAAAAUGGAGGAAUCAUCAUCAUCAACAUCAUCUUCAUCACAGGAGAAGACUCAAGAAACACCAACUGCAUACCGUUCAUGUUAUUUUCUCGAAGCUUUAAGCGCCAUUCACAAGUGUUUAGGCCUUCAAAUCAUAACAAACCAUGAAAACUCCUCAAGUAAUUCAGAUCAAAAGGUUCAUGAAACAACUCCCCAAGUGACUGAUCCAACAGCCACUGAUCCGCAAAUUGCAGGCCCUCGAGCUGAUCCUCCCUUGGGAGGGAAUCCUGCGGUUAGCUUGGCGGCGCCUCUACGGCCGGGCAUAGGGUCAGGGAGCGGUGGACAGAUUAACUGAUCACUUCAGCUUCUGAUCUGCGCUCAGAUCUGAUUGACUGGUGACAAAUUAUGAAGCUUGUUGAUAGAGUUUCGUUGAGUACAACUGAUGUUCUAUAUAUUAUCUAAAUUAUGAGAAGUUCAUUUGGGGAAUUACUGUAUAUCGUGUUCUUAGUUAUGAUAUUAGCGAGAAAAUAUCGUGCACUACAAUAUGUAAGAUGAAGUUGGUUUUGCUUAUGAAUGAUCUGAUUUAUAGAAAGAAGUUGUUUCAUGA